UAUUACUAUAUUAUUAACAGAUCGAAAUUUAAAUACAUCUUUUUUUGAUCCAAUUGGAGGGGGAGAUCCUAUUUUAUAUCAACAUUUAUUUUGAUUUUUUGGUCAUCCAGAAGUUUAUAUUUUAAUUCUACCAGGAUUUGGAAUAAUUUCUCAUAUUAUUACACAAGAAAGAGGAAAAAAGGAAACUUUUGGUACUUUAGGAAUAAUUUAUGCUAUAUUAACAAUUGGCUUAUUAGGAUUUAUUGUAUGAUAUUUACAGUUGGUAUAGAUGUUGAUACUCGAGCUUAUUUCACAUCUGCAACUAUAAUUAUUGCGGUACCUACAGGAAUUAAAAUUUUUAGUUGAUUAGCUACUCUUCAUGGGACACAAUUAACAUAUAGUCCUGCACUUUUAUGAUCUUUAGGAUUUGUUUUUUUAUUUACAGUUGGAGGAUUAACCGGAGUAAUUUUAGCUAAUUCAUCAAUUGAUAUUGUACUUCACGAUACAUAUUAUGUAGUAGCCCAUUUUCAUUAUGUAUUAUCUAUAGGAGCAGUAUUUGCUAUUAUAGCAGGAUUUAUUCAUUGAUACCCAUUAUUAACAGGAAUAAUUAUAAAUCCUUCAUGAUUAAAAGCUCAAUUUACAAUAAUAUUUAUCGGAGUUAAUUUAACUUUUUUUCCCCAACAUUUUUUAGGAUUAGCGGGAAUACCUCGACGUUACUCUGAUUUUCCAGAUAGUUAUUUAACUUGAAAUAUUAUUUCUUCUUUAGGAAGAAUAAUUUCUUUAUUUGCUAUUAUUUUCUUUUUAUUUAUUAUCUGAGAAAGAAUAAUUACACAACGAACUCCUUCUUUCCCCAUACAAUUAUCUUCAUCUAUUGAAUGAUAUCAUACUUUACCUCCUGCAGAACAUACUUAUUCAGAAUUACCUCUUCUUUCUUCUAAUUUCUAAUAUGGCAGAUUAGUGCAAUGAAUUUAAGCUUCAUAUAUAAAGAUUAUUAUCUUUUAUUAGAAAAUGGCAACAUGAAUAAAUCUAGGACUUCAAAAUAGUACUUCUCCUUUAAUAGAACAAUUAAAUUUUUUUCAUGAUCAUACUUUAUUAAUUUUAAUUAUAAUUACUAUUAUAAUUGCAUAUAUUAUGUUUAUAUUAUUUUUUAAUAAAUUUACAAAUCGAUAUUUACUUCACGGACAAACAAUUGAAAUUAUUUGAACUAUUCUUCCUGCAAUUAUUUUAAUAUUUAUUGCCUUUCCUUCUUUACGACUUUUAUACUUAAUAGAUGAAAUUAAUUCUCCUUUAAUUACUUUAAAAGUUAUUGGCCAUCAAUGAUAUUGAAGUUAUGAAUAUUCUAAUUUUUUAAAUUUAGAAUUUGAUUCUUACAUAAUCCCAACUAAUGAAUUAGAUAUUAAUGGAUUUCGUUUAUUAGAUGUUGAUAAUCGAGUUAUUCUUCCAAUAAAUAACCAAAUUCGUAUUUUAGUAACUGCUACUGAUGUAAUUCAUUCUUGAACAGUUCCUUCUAUAGGAAUAAAAAUUGAUGCUACUCCCGGACGUUUAAAUCAAACUAAUUUUUUAAUAAAUCAACCUGGAUUAUUUUAUGGACAAUGCUCAGAAAUUUGUGGAGCAAAUCAUAGUUUCAUACCAAUUGUUAUUGAGAGAAUCCCAAUAAAUUAUUUUAUUAAAUGAAUUUCUUCUCAAAUAAAUU